AUGAGUGUCGAUUCCUUCGAGAAACGAACUGAAUCUCGGUCUUCUGACCCCGAGAAAAUCCUCGAUUCUAAAGAUCCGCUUGCUGCGGCUGGAUUUGAGGAUCCAGACGCAGGAUUGAGUGAUCAAGAAAGGGCAGUAAUUGAUCGUAAACUACUAUGGCAACUCGAUCUCCGUCUUGUGCCAUGGCUCAGUCUACUCUAUCUCGUUUCAUUCCUUGAUCGGACAAAUAUUGGCAACGCAAAGAUCGUUGGGCUUCAAACAGACCUGAACAUGACAAAUGCGCAAUACAAUGCAGCUCUGACUAUAUUUUUCGUCUCGUACGCAGUCUUCGAGCCCGCGACCAACGUCCUGCUCAAGCGGAUGCGGCCGAGUGUAUUUAUCCCACUUAUUAUGAUGGCAUGGGGAAUUUGCAUGACCUGCAUGGGCUUCGUAAAGAACUACCACGGACUAAUGGCCGUCCGCUGGUUCCUGGGCCUGACCGAAGCCGGUCUAUUCCCCGGCGUAGGCUAUUUCCUCUCAUGCUGGUACAAGCGCUCAGAAUUCGGCGUGCGAAUGGCGAUUUUCUUCUCCGCGGCCGCGCUCGCAGGUUCGUUCGGCGGCCUGCUCGCAGCGGCGAUUGCGAAGAUGGACGAUAUCGGCAAUAUGAGGGGCUGGGCAUGGAUUUUCAUUCUAGAAGGCCUUCUCACAUUCGUCAUUGGCGUUGCGUCAUUUUGGUGUGUUUAUGACUUCCCUGAUCAGGCACGAUUCUUGUCGGAUAUCGAUCGCAAGCGGGUUCUUAGAAGACUCGCUAUGGAUCAGCAAUCGAGUGCUGAGCAUGAGGAGUUCAAGAUGGAGUACUUCUGGUCGAGUGUGAAGGAUUGGAAGACUUAUACUGGGGCUGUGAUUUAUAUGGGGGCUUGUGGGUCGCUUUAUGCCUUUUCGCUUUUCGUGCCUACUAUUAUCAGUGAACUAGUGAGCUACAGCUCGAUUCGUGCUCAGUUGCUGAGUGUACCGCCAUAUGCCGCUGCCGCCGUCCUGACAGUGGCAGUUGGUUUCAUUGCAGAUCGCACAAGACAGCGUGGUCUCUGCAAUAUCGCCGUCUCGUUCCUCGGUAUGAUAGGAUUCGCUAUGCUACUAGGUUGUGAGUCUGCCGGCGCCCGCUACGCAGGAUGCUUCCUCGGGGCAAUGGGCAUCUACCCAGCCAUUGCGAACACAAUUUCAUGGACAAGCAACAACACCGAAGGUGUUUACAAACGAGGCGUCUCCCUCGGGUUUAUCAUCGGCUGGGGAAAUCUCAACGGCAUCGUCGCAUCCAACAUCUACCGCGAUGAUGAUAAGCCAAAAUACUACCCAGGCCACGGAGUGGUACUCAGCUACCUGGUCUUGUUCCUCUUUGGUGGAUCCGUGCUGCAGUAUCUCCUGCUGCGGCGCGAAAACGGCAAGCGCAGACGCGGCGAACGCGACCACUGGAUCGAGGGCUUGGACCAGAACCAGAUCGAGUUAUUGGGUGACAAAAGACCGGAUUUCCUUUACACGCUGUGA